AUGGUCACGAAGACUUCCAAGGAGGUCACCAAGGCAUCACCAGGACCCAUAAGGGAAUUCUAUUGGCCUGGCAUGUAUGCGGAUGUAGAACACUUUGUGAAGGAAUGCGUUGAUUGUGCGAGUGGAAAAGGAAAACCUUCAAACGCUGGACCAUCGCCCGAGAAUAUCGAACCCCGACAACCUUUUGAAGUGGUUUCAAUGGACUUCGUGACGCACAUGCCGAAGUCCGACCGAGGGAAUACGUUUUUGCUACUAUUCCAAGAUAUGUUUUCUGGAUAUGUGAUGUGCAAACCGAUGCAUUCAACCACCGCUCAGGAUGUCGCGGAAGCUUACGAGGAACGUGUAUUCCGGAAUUUUGGAGCGAGUUCAAUGAUUCGGCACGAUCAAGAUCCCUGUUUUAUGAGCGAGGUGUUUACUCGCUUUCGGGAACUCUUGAAUAGUCGUCCGAGAGCCACUUUGGGAUACCGACCUCAAGCAAACGGACAACAGGAACGAUCUGUCCAAACGGUUGUCAGGAGUAUUCGCGCCUACAUCGAGCAGGCCGACCUGAGCGACUGGGACGACCAUGCGGAAAGGUUGACAUUUGCUCUAAAUACGUCGUUCGACCCGACACGUUUAGACACUCCUUUCUACUUGGUCCACGGUUAG